AUGGAUCUGACCGUGCGCACGUGGCAUGUCGUGAGUGGCCGCCCGCUGGACGCUUUCCAGGUGCCGACAGCUGUCGUGGGGCUGUCCAUGUCACCCACUUCGGACCUUCUUGCCACCAUUCACCUCAACCCGCCGGGGAAUCUACCUCUGGUGCCGACAGCUGUGGCGGGGCUGUCCACUUCCGACCUCCCCGCCAACAUCCAUCUGAACCGGAGAGGCAUAUACCUCUGGGCGAACAAGGCCAUGUAUUCUGGGAUAGAUGACUCUGACCUACUCCCGGUUCCCCUCUCCCUCCCUGCCGCCACCGCAACUGACGGCACCGGGACCAAUAGCAGCGUGCCAGCUGUCCAGAUGCCAAUUCUGAUUGGUCCAAACGAGGGAGCGGAGGGGGAGGAGGAGGAUGAGGAGGGGAGGAGGGUGGGUGGAAGGGGUGUGGGGGACAGGGGACGUGGCGGUUAUAGCUGGGGAGGGGGGAGGAGGGAGAGCGGGAGUGAGUGGAGGGAAGUGGGUGAAUCUAGUGAUGCUAGAUGUGAUCAAGAGAGAAACAGGCCGAUUCAGCCGCCCAAGAAGCCUGAGCAGGCGCCCUUCUUCCUCCCCUCCGUACCGACUUUCUCGGGGGCGAUCCACUUUGCUCCUCCCCAGGCCGCUGCUGCUGUUGCUGCUGGCUCGGCCGAACCUGCCGGCUCGGCUGGUUCGGCCGAACCUACUGGUAGCACCGCUGCUGCUGCUGAUGGUGUUGCAGGUGCUUCAGGUGGUUCUUCAGGCGGUGCUUUGCCUGGAUGGGGGAGUGAAGGAGACGCGGAGAUGGAGGAAGGGGAGGAGGAGGAGGGAGAGGAGGGGAGUGAGGAGGGGGAGGAGGGAGGAGCAGAAGGGGAGGAGGGAGGAGAGAGGGCAGAGGAGGGAGGGAAGAAGGGGGGUGUGUCAUGUCGCCGUCAGCCGUUGAUUUGGAGCUGCGGGGCGAUCGAGAUCGUUGAUGACAGCCCCUCCCCGGCGGACCUGCACCGGGUGGCUCUCUUCAUGUCCUUCCUCGAGGGGAAGCUUCGUGGAAGCUGCGACUUUGAGCUGCUGCAAGCGGUGACGCACCGAUUCCUGGCGAUCCACGGGUCAGCAAUCUCCUCAUUCCCCCAGCUGCGCGCCAAGCUGCCUGCCCUCAAAGAAGCCCAGGCCUCCAGCUGGCAGCGGCUCGACGAGCUCUUUCAGAGCAUUCGCUGCGUUGUGGAUUUCAUCGCAUCUUCCUAG